AUGGCUGAGAAAGCCUAUAAUAUAGUAGACACGUCUAGAAUAUCCACAUUUGUUAUAUCAAUAUUACUCAUAGUAUAUGGAAGUUUUAGAGAAGUGCAGACAAUAGAUAGUUGUCAAGCUAUGUUUUUACCACUAGGAGCCUCAGCAUCAUUGCUUAUCAUGUUCUUCUUCUUUGAUUCAUUACAAAUGGUUUUUGCUAUUUUUACUGCUAUAUUAGCAACAAUAGCUUUUGCAUUUUUAUUAUUACCUAUGUGUCAGUAUAUGAUUCAACCCUGUGCUAGUGGUCAAAAAAUAUCAUUUGGUGUCUGUGGUCGUUUCACAGCAGCUGAGAUUCUGUCAUUUUGUUUAUCAUUUUUUAUUGUAUGUGUAUGGAUAUUAACUGGUCACUGGCUACUCAUGGAUGCUUUAGGCAUGGGUUUAUGUGUAGCAUUUAUAGCUUUAGUUCGAUUACCUAGUCUGAAAGUUUCCACCUUAUUAUUAGUUGGAUUACUGAUAUAUGAUGUUUUCUGGGUAUUCUUUUCCUCAUAUAUAUUUAGUGCCAAUGUUAUGGUGAAGGUAGCAACCAGACCUGCAGAAAACCCUGUUGGACUAUUAGCCAAGAAACUACAUUUAACAGGUUUUGUUCGUGAUGCUCCAAAACUGUCUCUUCCAGCCAAAUUAGUCUUUCCCAGUUCACAAAACUCUAGUCAUUUCUCCAUGUUAGGACUUGGUGAUAUAGUAAUGCCUGGUUUGUUACUAUGUUUUGUAUUACGCUAUGAUGCUUAUAAGAAGAAUCAAACAGGCAGUGCUGAAACCGGUAUACCACCAACACCAUCAUAUGUACAGAAAUUAACUUAUUUUCAUUGUUCUCUAGUAGGAUAUUUCUUAGGUCUUUUAACAGCAACAGUAUCAUCUGAAAUGUUUAGAGCUGCCCAACCAGCUCUACUUUAUUUAGUUCCAUUUACAUUACUUCCACUUCUUACCAUGGCUUAUUUAAAGGGUGAUUUAAGGAGAAUGUGGCAUGAACCAUUCAUAGCAAGCGUUCCUUCAAAACAUUUAGAAGUCUAG